UGGGAGGGGGGGCUGUUGUAAGAGGAACUAGGCUAGGAGUCCGGUACAGGAGCAGGAGCAGGGCCAUGCCCGAGCCGCCCCCCAGAACGCCCUGAGCCCGGACCCCCGCCACAACCCAUUCGGGCGCUCCCCAGGGGUGGCACACCUUCACCAUGGGCAGCAAGGAGCGCUUCCACUGGCAGAGCCACAACGUGAAGCAGAGCGGCGUGGACGACAUGGUGCUGCUGCCACAGAUCACCGAGGACGCCAUCGUGGGCAACCUCCGCAAGCGCUUCGUGGACGACUACAUCUUUACCUACAUCGGCUCUGUGCUCAUCUCCGUAAACCCCUUCAAGCAGAUGCCCUACUUCACCGACCGCGAGAUCGACCUCUACCAGGGCGCGGCUCAGUACGAGAAUCCCCCGCACAUCUAUGCCCUCACGGACAACAUGUACCGGAACAUGCUCAUCGACUGUGAGAACCAGUGUGUCAUCAUCAGUGGAGAGAGUGGAGCAGGGAAGACCGUGGCAGCCAAAUACAUCAUGGGCUACAUCUCCAAGGUCUCCGGCGGGGGCCAGAAGGUCCAGCACGUGAAGGAUAUCAUCCUGCAGUCCAACCCACUGCUAGAGGCCUUCGGCAAUGCCAAGACCGUGCGCAACAACAAUUCCAGCCGCUUUGGCAAGUACUUUGAGAUCCAGUUCAGCCGCGGCGGGGAGCCAGAUGGGGGCAAGAUCUCCAACUUCCUGCUAGAGAAAUCCCGUGUGGUCAUGCAGAACGAAAACGAGAGGAACUUCCACAUCUAUUACCAGCUGCUGGAAGGAGCCUCCCAGGAGCAGCGGCAGAACCUGGGGCUCAUGACCCCCGAGUACUAUUACUACCUCCAGUCGGACACCUACAAGGUGGAUGGCACCGAUGACCGGAGUGACUUCAGUGAGACUCUGAAUGCCAUGCAGGUCAUUGGGAUCCCACCCAACGUCCAGCAGCUGGUCCUACAGCUUGUGGCCGGGAUCUUGCACUUGGGAAACAUCAGCUUCUGUGAAGACGGGAAUUACGCCCGGGUGGAGAGUGUGGACCUGCUGGCCUUUCCCGCCUACCUGCUGGGCAUCGACAGCGGGCGGCUGCAGGAGAAGCUGACCAGCCGCAAGAUGGACAGCCGCUGGGGCGGGCGCAGCGAGUCCAUCGAUGUGACCCUCAACGUGGAGCAGGCGGCCUACACCCGCGACGCCCUGGCCAAGGGGCUCUACGCCCGGCUCUUCGACUUUCUCGUGGAGGCCAUCAACCGUGCUAUGCAGAAGCCCCAGGAGGAAUACAGUAUUGGUGUGCUUGACAUCUAUGGCUUCGAGAUCUUCCAGAAAAAUGGCUUCGAGCAGUUCUGCAUCAACUUUGUCAACGAGAAGCUGCAGCAAAUCUUUAUCGAACUCACCCUGAAAGCCGAGCAGGAGGAGUACGUCCAGGAGGGCAUCCGCUGGACCCCCAUACAGUAUUUCAACAACAAAAUCGUCUGCGACCUCAUUGAAAACAAGCUGAGCCCCCCGGGCAUCAUGAGCGUCCUGGACGACGUGUGCGCCACCAUGCACGCCACGGGCGGCGGCGCCGACCAGACCCUGCUCCAGAAGCUGCAGGCAGCAGUGGGCACCCACGAGCACUUCAACAGCUGGAGCUCGGGCUUCGUCAUCCACCACUACGCGGGCAAGGUCUCCUACGAUGUUAACGGCUUCUGCGAGAGGAACCGGGACGUCCUGUUCUCUGACCUCAUAGAGCUGAUGCAGACCAGUGAGCAGGCCUUCCUCCGCAUGCUGUUUCCUGAGAAGCUGGAUGUAGACAAGAAAGGCCGCCCCAGCACCGCUGGCUCCAAGAUCAAGAAACAAGCCAAUGACCUGGUGGCCACGCUAAAAAGAUGUACACCCCACUACAUCCGCUGCAUCAAGCCCAACGAGACCAAGAAGCCCCGCGACUGGGAGGAGAGCAGGGUCAAGCACCAGGUGGAGUACCUGGGCCUGAAGGAGAACAUCAGAGUACGCCGGGCUGGCUUUGCCUACCGUCGCCAAUUCUCCAAGUUCCUGCAGAGGUACGCCAUCCUGACCCCCGAGACGUGGCCACAGUGGCGUGGGGAUGAACGUCAGGGGGUCCAGCACCUGCUUCGGGCAGUCAACAUGGAUCCAGACCAGUACCAGAUGGGGAGCACCAAGGUCUUUGUCAAGAACCCUGAGUCGCUCUUCCUUCUGGAGGAGAUGCGAGAGCGGAAGUUCGAUGGCUUUGCCCGCACCAUCCAGAAGGCCUGGCGACGCCAUGUGGCAGUCCGGAAGUACGAAGAGAUGCGGGAGGAAGCGUCCAACAUCCUGCUGAACAAGAAGGAGCGGAGACGGAACAGCAUCAACCGGAACUUCGUCGGGGACUACCUGGGGCUAGAGGAGCGGCCGGAGCUGCGUCAGUUCCUGGGCAAGAGGGAACGCGUGGACUUCGCUGACUCGGUCACCAAGUACGACCGCCGCUUCAAGCCCAUCAAGAGGGACUUGAUCCUGACGCCCAAGUGUGUGUAUAUGAUCGGGCGGGAGAAAGUGAAGAAAGGACCAGAGAAGGGCCAGGUGCGUGAGAUCCUGAAGAAGAAGGUGGAGAUCCAGGCCCUUCGGGGAGUUUCCCUCAGCACGCGGCAGGACGACUUCUUCAUCCUCCAAGAAGACGCGGCCGACAGCUUCCUGGAGAGCGUCUUCAAGACCGAAUUCGUCAGCCUCCUGAGCAAGCGCUUCGAGGAGGCGGCGCGGAGGGCCCUGCCCCUCACCUUCAGCGACACACUACAGUUCCGAGUGAAGAAGGAGGGCUGGGGCGGAGGUGGCACCCGCAGUGUCACUUUCUCCCGUGGCUCCGGCGACGUGGCCGUGCUCAAGGCUAGCGGCCGGUCCCUCACGGUCGGCGUGGGUGACGGGCUGCCCAAAAGCUCCAAGCCUACACGGAAGGGAAUGGCCCAGGGAAGACCUCGAAGGGCAGCCCAGGCCCCCACCCGGGCAGCCCCUGGGCCUCCCAGAGGUCUGGACCGCAAUGGGGUGCCCCCCUUGGCCAGAAGGGGGGACCUGCCCCUAGAGAUCCCAUCUGGAGGGGGCUUCCAGCAGCCUCCCCGGGGCCCUCCGUCGUCAGCCCUGAGGGCCAGCAGACGCCCCCGGGCACGGCCCCCCUCGGAGCACAACACAGAAUUCCUUAACGUGCCUGACCAGGGUGUGGCAGGCAUGCAGAGGAAGCGCAGUGUGGGGCAGCGACCUGUGCCGGGCGUGGGCCGACCCAAGCCCCAGCCUCGGACGCAUGGCCCACGGUGCCGGGCCCUGUACCAGUACGUGGGCCAAGACGUGGACGAGCUGAGCUUCAACGUGAACGAGGUCAUCGAGAUCCUCAUGGAAGAUUCCUCCGGCUGGUGGAAAGGCCGGCUGCAUGGCCAGGAGGGCCUCUUCCCAGGAAACUACGUGGAGAAGAUCUGAGAGACGGCCCCAGAUUCUGCCUCCUGCCUGACUGCCUGCCAGGCCCUGCCGGCAGGGGCCUCGUUUUCCUUGGCCGCAUUGGCCAGAAGGUCCAGUCCUGUGGCGUCCAGCCCGGCCCAGGCUCUGGGUCACCAUUGGGGCUGGGGUUCACCCCUGCAGUCACCGCAGGGCCCUGGCCUCCCCCAGGUCACACGCAUUGCCUCCUGGGUCAAACAGGGCUAACAUCAGAAUCUACCUCCCAGCUGCCUUGUGGAUAUACGUGAGUUGUGUCCCGUGGGCCAAGUGCCAAGCACAGUUGGGGGCACACCUUGACAGGUGAGAUCCGCCCCCCUCUUUCUCUCACCACUGAGGCAAUAAACAUUGGCCAGGUGAAAGUGUGGAUUAAUUUACUGAGCGAUAACAAGAACUACCAUCUCACAACCCCAUGAGGGAGGUGCCCCAAAUAUACCCCAAUGGCAGGUGAAAAAAAAUGGAGGCUGGGAGAAGUUUCAUCAUGUGCCCAAGAUUCCACGGAGCCAAGCCUUGAACUCAUGUAUGCCCCCACCUGGCCUCUCCCAAAGCUGGAGUUUGCUCACUCACUGGCUCACCCACUGUUGGCCAUGUGCAUCCCUGCUUUCCUGCAGAAAAUGGUCUGGUGGGUCCUGUCAGCUUUGAAUCUGCAGCCCCCAGACCCAUCUGGGACCUGCCUGGACCCUGAGGAGGGAGGCAGGUCCCACACAACCCCUCACAAUGCACCCUGGGCCACCCCCGGCCCCUGCCCCCCACCCCAUGUCUGUGCCCUCUUAGCUCUCACUCACUUGGGGUCAGGACUGGUUCUGAUAUUCCAUGGCCCUGGCUUUCUGCACUUAUUGUUAUGAAUUUAGGGGAUCAGCCUGGCUACUGGUCUCCCCAGAUGUUUCCAAAUCAGUGAUGGAGUCUGAGCCUUUCAGAACUCUCUGCAGAUACAGCUGGAAACUGCUGGGGGUCCUGCCAUGGUCUGAGCGUAAGGAUCCUGACUUUCCAGAUGGACACCCACUCUGUGCUCAGCCCUCAAAGAGCAGCCAGUCCAGGAGAGACAGAGCCAGACUCCUGGUGUCAGGACUGGGCCAGAGAAGGGCCAGGGGCAGGGGGAGGGAAUGCAGAGAAGGAGCGGGCAUUGCUGGAGGAGCCAAGAGACGGAAGAAAAGGGUUGGCGUGAGCAGAUCUUGAUGGGAAACAACACCACAUACACCGAUCUCCACUGUGACAGAAGUCCGGGCAGAGGACACCUACCCAUGGGAGAUGAGGUAUCAGUGAAAGACUGUCCAGCAGAACCUUCUGCAGGUCUGAACCCUCUCUCUUCUGUACCUAUCAUGGGAAGCUGAGCGGGCUGGAAACAAACAAACAAAAAAAUCACAAGGUUGCAACUGGUCCUCACCAACUCUUUUAUUAGCCAACAAUUAUACAAAAGCAUUGAACCGGUCGCUUGAAUGUCCCUGGUUUCCUCUAUCUCUGGCGUUUGCCCCUCCACUGCCCAACCACCACUGUGUAGCUCUCUAUGACACUUAAAUGCUAGGACAGGCUGGCGAGGAACUGCAUAAGCCACCAACCUCAUCAGCUGGGCAUUUCCUGGAGAGGACUCGGGGCUUCCGCCUCCCUUCUCUGUCCCUGAACUCACCAUGCAGGUUGCCUGCCCCUUGAUAUUUUGGGGUACAGCCCUGGGGCCCCAUUGCCAUGGCAGUCAGCCCAUUUGCAGGAAGUAGCACAUUCUGGGCCUCACAUCUAGGUUACAGCAUCUUCAGACUGCAAACCUCAGAAUCACCUUGGCCCUGCCCACUCCACAGCCCCACAUCCUGUUGACUUCUAGAAUUUCUUAAGCCUGGCCCCUCCUCUCCCUUCCUUGGGUGGCCUGUCCUUCUGAGGCCUCACCCCACCCUUCCCCAGAUUGCACCAACCCCCCUCCACACACAAAGACACCUCCACCCAGCACCAAAUGAUCUGUUUGGGUUUUGUGUUAAGUUUAUUUAUUUUGAGAGAAGGAGAGAGAGAGACAGAGAGAGCAACCAGGGGAAGGGCAGAGAGAGAGAGAGGGAGAGAGAGAGAAUCCCAAGCAGGCUCCAUACCCAGUGUAGAGCCCGACACGGGUCUUGAUCUCGCAAACCACGAGAUCAUGACCUGAGCCAAAAUCAAAAGUUGGAUGCUUAACCAACUGAGCCACCCAGGUGCCCCAAAUUAUCUGUUGGGUUUUUUUUUUUUUUAUGAGUUUUUAACUGUAUUAAUGACACAUAAAACAAACCAUUUUUU